UCCGAGGGUACUUGUAAAUUUGAUGCAAUGUCGCCCACUGUUGUCUGUUUCUUUCUUUUCUUUGGGAGUUGCGCGGCGUAUUACAACUUGGGCAUUGGAGUGUAUAUUCUUAACAUUGCCGAUAUUAGACUGGAUGCUGGCUCGUUUUAUGCCGACUAUCUGCUGACCAUCUACAAGUCGUCUUCUGAACAAGUGGAUUUUCCUUCGUCUAGUAACAGCGGACAAAGAGUGUGCACAUACAGACCAGAUACCUUUGAGCCGUUCAAUUAUACUUUUGAUGACAUAUUUAUUGUCAACAAGGAUCGAUAUUCAAACUUUGUCCCAAUAAUGGGCACCAACGAUACUCUACGUGGGCAACUCAGGGUUAUGGGUGUCCACUACUUUCGGCCCAAGUUGAGAGAGUGGCCGUUUGAUUAUCAAGAAUUACCAAUCGUUAUUGAUUUGGCACGGCAAGUUGCCACACAGGAUAUAGAAGCGAUAGUGUGCCAUAUGCCUCAGUUCAGCGGUGUAUCCAGCAGUGUCAUGUUUCCCGGUGGUUCUUCGCACACUCUGGAUUUCGACUUUCACACGUUUGAACGAUGCUGGCCGCCAUUUGUUUAUCCAAAAGCCAAAUGUUCUGGAAGCAACUUCGGCACGUCAACGUGCGACUGUCCCUUUGUAGAAAUCAACAACGAGACUCUCGGCAUACCACACUCUACGAGCGAAGACUUCUCGUGUCGUUGCAAGGGCGGCCAAAAUCUGGCAUCAGAGUAUCAAUUCAGAGUUUUGUACGAUGCACCAGAAAUCAGAGGAUUUCAGAGAGAUAUUUUACCCAUCAUGUUCAUCUUGUUGGUCAAUCUCAUUUCGUACCUAAUUCCACCAGAAGAGAACAGUCUUCGUGUUUCGACAUGCAGCAGCACACUGAUUGCUGCGGUAUUGUUUCACAGCGGCAUCCAAAGCCAAAUACCAAAUACCGGCUCGUUGUCAACAGCCGAUGUGUUUCUAUUGAUCAACUAUGGGGUGAAUCUCAUCAGUUGGGUUGUCACUCUCAUCAUUGUUAUGGCAAACAGUUCGGAUCUCAUCAAGAAAGACCACGUCGACCAUAUUUAUUACACAACACGGAUAUAUGGGCCGAUUCUCAGUAUCGCUGUUGCACAGUCAUUUAUCAUAUACUACAAGGACACUCUUUGGUGGACACUAGUUUUGUCGAUGACUAUUGGUAUUAUCCUGAGCACUGGACUGUUCUUCUUUCAAUCACACAUGAUUAACAAGCUUACACGGAAGAAAAAGGGUACAGACCAACCUGAUGGGCGUGUGCGAAGCAGGGACAAAGAUGUCUAUCCAUUGGUUCCGGCAGUGGAGUUGGAUGAGAGCUCUGCUAGAAUGUGACUGCAAAAUGACUUGUGCACGUCUGUUGUUUGAUGAUUCACUUUUAGAUAUUUGAUUUGCAAUGCUCUGUAGAUUGCUAAUGUUGUUGAUUCCGUAGUGACUUGAUGGUUGCUUACCUACUGUAUGUGUGAUCGACAGUAUGGAUUUUAACAGAGGCUGCUGCCAAGUGACAGAUAAAUGUGCCCAAGAAACAGUACAUGCAAUGUGGUUGUGCUGCAUGUCGACCAAAUUUACAUUUUAGAGUAUUUUUCAUACAUAAUUAUUGACAUCUUAAUUGA